AUGACGCCCGCCAGCUCAACGUCCUCCAGCGACUUCUACCACCGCCAUACGCCCAAGCGUAUGCGGCUGGGCACCAGGAGUUGCGCCGAGUGCCGCCGGCGAAGGGUACGUUGUACUUUUCCCUCCGAUGGCCGAGCGUGUGAAGCGUGCAGCCUUCACGGGGUGGAUUGUGUUCCUCAGAAGCCCACGGGCCAGGGAAAAGGUGCCCAAUAUGAUCCGGAAAAGGUCGAACUGCAGCGAAGGCUUGCCAACUUGGAAGCCAUGGUGCGCCAGAUCUCGACCUCUGCGAACAUUGAGCCGGAGACCACGACAUGGGCUCAGUUGCAACUAGACAGUCAGAAGCGACUCCAGUCCCCGUCGGUAGCGCUGGAAGCGGAUUCUAUAGCCUCGAGCACGAGAUUCUCCAAGCUGUCUGAUACAGACCUGCCAACUGAUAGCGCAGAUGAGAUGGACCAGUUCGAGGAUGCACCACUGGUCACCCUCUUCAAAGAUGCCUUGAAGAUAGAAAGACCUCCACCUGAGAAGGACGGAGCAAGGUACAGUACGGACUACAGGAUCACGGCUGUCAUCGAAGAUAUCAGUCCAGCACUGCCGACUCUGGAUGACCUAAGACUCGUCCUCGAAGCCAGUCAGAGGUUCUGGUCCAUAUGGCCUAUGCGCCCACCAGGUCAAGGAGCAACUGGUGCCUCUCGCAUACUACUGGCACAAAACUUCAUCGUAGACUCAUUAAACUCCGGUCGACCUGUGAUUAUGGCCAAAGCCCUUGUCUGGCUCACACUCUGCAUGCACCAACUCCCUCGAGAUUUUGCGUGUCAGGGCACAGAAUUCCGACGCUCUCGAGGCCACGUCCUCAAGCGCUUCCUCAAUGCGGCGGAUACCCUUCUCUCGAUCGAAGGAGAGACCGGUCAGGGUCAAGGCAAGGAUCUGCUGGAGUGCCUAGAGCUCCAGGUGAAAGUCUGCAUUGACCUGGGCAGACCACGCAAGGCCUGGCUGACCAACCGACGCGCAGUCAACACAGCCAUGCUCCUUGGCUUUCAGAACCAUGACACCACUGCCACCGACGAGCAAACGGCUAUUUGGAAACAGCUCUGGCAUGCAGACCGUCUGCUAUCACUCGUCCUUGGUUUGCCCUGCGCCAUUUCCGACACCCAUCCAAGCCUGGCCAAGGACUGCGCAGGACCCACGAUCGAAUCACAAGUCUCUCAUGAGCUGGCCCUCAUAGCUGGGCGCAUCGUCGAUCGGAACAUGAAUCACAAGACCGUCAACUACUCUGUGACCAUGGACAUUGAUCAAGACCUGGAACGAUGCAAGAGUCGAAUGCCCCUGUCGUGGCGGAAACCCGAGUUCGACACCACUCUACCUUUUGAACUCGCGCACGGCCAACAGAGCAUCAAGCUAUUUUUCUUCAGCAUGUGGAAGACGCUCCACCUGCCGUAUAUGUUCAAGUCUUCGUCGGACAGACGAUACGAGUACAGCAGGAUCGCGGCGCUGGAGGCGUGUCGAGACUGCAUCAGGGUUUACAAGGGACUGCGUGACAACAAAUCCGGCGAUGUGCCCGUCAUCUGCGACCUCAUGGACUUUUUGGCAUUCAGUGCCACCGUCACUCUCGUAAUUCACCUACUUUCGAGGUCUUCGAAGAGUGGCGUUGAUGGCGUCGGCCUCGAGGAAACAGAAGACUGGGACCUCGUGCACAGCGUGAGUGCCGUGCUGAGCGACGUGGCGAACAAGCUGUCUUGCAGCGUCGCUGGACAAGGCUCGAAUCUCUUGGAUAGGCUCAUCAUGGCUCGUCGCGGCAAGUACGCUGAUACGGAGCCCUUCGAGGCCGUCAUUCCGUAUUUUGGGAAAGUUCGGAUCGGCAGGAUUCCCAGGGUAGUGAAGGCAAAACCAACAACACAGGUGCAGACGCCGGGUCCCCAGAUGUCAGCAGGUCUAGGCGCCAUCGUGGACGGUCAAUCCCAGUCAGUUGUGGCCCAGUCUCAAUCUUCAAUAACGUCCCCGACUACCUUGGGACUGUCAUCAUCGUCGGUGUCGGCUUCCUCAUCAUCGUCGCAGGACCUAACGUCCGUAAACACGGUCGAAUUCAACCUCAGCGACACGACUUCAUUCGGACAGUGUCCGAUGGAUGAAUGGAUGUCGGAUGCCGAAUUGACCGUGGACUGGGAGUCUUUCAUCGACGUCAACAUGAAUUAUGACUGGAGUCAAUUUUUCGAGAGUGCAAUGCCUGAUUGA